AUGUCAAUGUCGCUAAGUCACGCAUCUACAACGGAGCACAGUCCAAAGAGACUAAAAGCAUCCCACCAACACACCAACGGCAUCAACAACACGAACAGCAUCAAGACCUCCUCUUCCGCCAUAUCCACCCGCCUAGCAAAAGCCCUGUACUCUGAAUCAGCGAUUGCCAAAAUCUGGAGAGUCGCAGCCCGAGCUCAAGGAUCAAGCAAACCCCCCGUGCUAUAUCCCGAAUACACCGGCCCUGACGGGAGCACCUAUGUCUACCGCACGCUCGAUUUCUGGACCUCCGGCUUCUUCCCGGGAUCAUUAUAUCUGAUCCUCGAGCGCCUGACACGGUAUCAGAAGUCCAGCAUUUACCGAUCUCCAUCUUCUUUCUCUCAUGAUGAAGACGACGGAUCAAAUACCCUACCUCACCAACUCCAGCUCUCGCACCUCUGCCGCUGGUGGACCGCAAACCUGCACCAAAACGCCCUGAAGCGAGACACGCACGACCUCGGAUUCAUGAUCGCCCCGUGGGCCAUGAAAGCCUGGGACCUGCAUCGCGAUGCAGAAGCAUACAACAGUCUCGUCUUGGCCGCACACUCCCUCGCCAGCCGCUUCAAUGCCACCACGCGAUGCAUCCGCAGCUGGGACGUCUGCGUCACGACCCGCUACUCGUACACGGAAGCGGACAUGUCGACGGACUUCCUCGUCAUUAUCGACAGCAUGCUGAAUCUGGAUCUGCUGUUCUGGGCUGCCUGGGAAACCAAUAAUGCAGAGCUGUAUGACAUUGCCGUGGCGCAUGCGUAUAGCUCUCGGAGACACCACGUCCGCGAAGACAAUAGCACUGCGCACGUCGCAAACUUCGAUGCUCAGACUGGCGAGCGGAAAGCACGGUUCACGAACCAGGGGUAUAGUGACGAGAGCUGCUGGGCGCGGGGCCAGGCGUGGGGGAUAUUAGGGUUCGCGCAGACGUUCCGGUGGACGGGGAAGUCGGAGUUUCUGGACACGGCGAGAGCGCUGGCGAAGUACUUCAUAUCGCACUUGCCGGAGGACGGGGUGCCGUAUUGGGAUUUCCUAGCGCCAGUGACGGAUGAGAGUCCGCGGGAUACGUCGGCGGCGAUGAUUGCGGCGUGUGGGAUGCUGGUGCUGUUCAAGACGCUGCGGGACACGUCGGAGGGGGGGUACUAUCUCCGAGAGGCGUUGAGGAUAGUGGAUGCUGCCGUGGUCAAGUUUAUGCAUCCGCCUACGUUGACGUUUCAGAUGGUGAGGGCUUCAACGCAAUGUGAAGUAUAUCCGGAGGGUUGUCUUGCGCAGGGAGCGAGCGAUGGAUUCGACGUCUUGAGUGUGGUCGAUCUGUCUGGUUCGCGCACGCACGACACGAUCCUGGACAGGGCCACUAUCAACAACUAUGAGUUUGCUCCGAGACGAUGGGCGAACCACGGGUUGGUAUAUGCAGACUAUUACUUCUUGUUGUUUGGCAACAUGCUGCAGGAGCUAGGAUUGGUGGACAUGGAGGGACAUAUUAACGUUCCGAUAUAG